AUGGCUUCCCAGUCCCUCCGCAUCCUGCUCAUCGGCAACGGGGGCCGCGAGCACGCCCUCGCCUGGAAGCUCAGCCACUCGCCCCUCGUCGAGUCCAUCAUCGCCGUCCCAGGAAAUGGCGGCACCGCGACCUGCCCCAAGGUGACCAACAACUCCUCCGUGUCUGCCGAGGAUUUCCCCGGCCUCGUCGCCCUCGCACAGAAGGAGAAGAUUGGCCUUGUCGUCCCCGGUCCCGAGGCGCCUCUCGUCGCCGGUAUCGAGACCUUUUUCACCAAUGUGGGCAUCCCGUGCUUCGGGCCCUCAGAGGCCGCUGCGCGCAUGGAGGGCAGCAAGACCUUCUCCAAGGACUUCAUGAAGAAGCACAACAUCCCCACCGCCGCGUACGAGAAUUUCUCCGAUUACGAAAAGGCCAAGGCCUACAUCGACUCUGUCCAGCACGAUGUUGUCAUCAAGGCUACGGGCCUGGCUGCAGGAAAGGGUGUCAUCAUCCCCACGACCAAGGAGGAGGCCCACCAGGCCCUCAAGGAGAUCAUGGUUGACCAGGCUUUCGGCUCCGCCGGCAGUGAGGUCGUCAUCGAGGAGUUCCUGACUGGCGACGAGCUCAGCGUAUUGUCCUUUUGCGACGGCUACACCAUCAAGUCGCUGCCGCCCGCUCAGGAUCACAAGCGCAUCUUUGACGGCGACCAGGGCCCCAACACUGGCGGCAUGGGCUGCUACGCGCCAACCAACAUCGCCACGCCUGAGCUGGUGGCGCGUAUUGACAAGGAGGUCCUCGAGCCUACCAUUGCCGGCCUGAGGAACGACCGGAUGCCCUUCAAGGGCUGUCUCUUCACCGGCCUUAUGAUCACACCCAACGGUGUCAAGGUCUUGGAGUACAACGUGCGCUUCGGUGACCCCGAGACGCAGACGGUCCUCCCCUUGCUGUCAGAGGACACCGAUCUGGCCGAGAUCAUGCUGGCUUGCGCCAAGGGUUACCUGAGCUCUGUGGACUUCAAGGUGCAGCCCAAGUUCAGCGCAACCGUCGUCGUCGCUGCAGGCGGAUACCCCAACAGCUACGCCAAGGGAACCCCCAUGAACGUGGGCACCCCUGCUGCGGGCAGCAACAUCACCAUCUUCCAUGCUGGCACCAAACUGGCGGGCUCCCAGCUACAGACAGCAGGCGGCCGUGUGAUUGCUGCCAAUGCCAUCGGCUCAAGCCUCGAGGAGGCCGUGAAGAAGGCAUACGAGGAGGGCAUCAAGCUCAUCCAGUUCGAGAACAUGUUCUACCGCAAGGAUAUUGCGCACCGCGCAUUCAGGAAAUCUGGCGCCGCCCCAAGCGCAGGACUUACCUACGCCCAGGCUGGUGUCAGCAUCGACGCAGGCAACGAGCUUGUUGAGAUGAUCAAGAAGGCUGUGCGAUCAACUGCCAGGCCUGGUGCCGACGCCGAGAUUGGUGGAUUCGGUGGCGAGGUCGACCUGUCGGCCGCUGGCUAUCGCAAUGCGCCCGUGCUGGUGGGUGCCAUUGACGGCGUCGGCACGAAGCUGAUUAUUGCGCAAAGAAUGAAGAAGCACGACACCGUUGGCAUCGACCUGGUGGCCAUGAACGUGAACGACCUGAUCGUACAGGGUGCCGAGCCCGUCAUGUUCCUAGAUUACUACUCCUGCAGCAAGCUUGAGCCGGCUGACGCGGCAGCUUUCGUCUCUGGCGUGGCCGAGGGCUGCCGGCAGUCCAAGUGCGCGCUUGUAGGCGGCGAGACGGCAGAGAUGCCGGGUAUCUACCACGGUGACGACUACGACGCGGCGGGCGCUGCCAUCGGCGUCAUGCGCAAGGAGGCGAGACUGCCGCGGCUCACAGGCAUGGCCGAAGGUGACGUCCUCCUUGGACUGGCGUCCAACGGCGUGCACUCCAACGGCUUCUCGCUGGUCCGCCGCAUUGUCCAGCGGGCCGGGCUGAGUUACACGGACGCGUGCCCCUGGGACAACUCCGUCAGCUCCGUGGGCGAGAGCCUGCUGACGCCGACGCGCAUCUACGUCAAGCCGCUGCUCAAGGUCCUUGGCCAGAACCUCAUCAAAGGCCUGUCGCACAUCACGGGCGGCGGCCUGACCGAGAACGUCCCUCGUACGCUGCCCAAGACGCUGGCCGCCGAGAUCGACGUGUCCAGCUGGGAGGUGCCUGCCGUCUUCAGGUGGCUCCGCAAGGCAGGCGACGUCGAGCCCAAGGAGAUGGCGCGGACGUUCAACAACGGCGUCGGCAUGGUCGCUGUGGUCUCCGCCGCGGACGCGGAUCAGGCCGUUAAGGUGCUAGAGGCAGAGGGUGAGAAAGUUUACAAGAUCGGAAAGCUCGUGAAAAGGAGCGAGGGUGGGGAGGGAUGCGUAGAGCAAGAACUAUGGGCUGUUCUUGCCGGGCAUCGCGCCUCGUAUUGGCGUAACCGUGGUAUCGAACCGCGAGGACCAAUCUCGCAGGGAGCUCCUCUCUACACCUCGUUAGAGAAGGAGAAAAAGGAGAUCCGUCUUCUACAAGUCACGCGCCUAGUACAGUCUGAUGGCCAAGAAACGAGUUUUGUCGGACAGCUGGUGCAGGUCGCCCUGGAGGACAACCCAACCUACGUUGCCAUUUCAUACACAUGGGGCGAGCAGUCGGUAGUCGGACACUUUCUCGAUUCGGAUGGCGUUGAGACACCGCUCGGGUACAGCCAGGUGAUUCUCGACAUCGUCAGCACGCUUGUGCCGCCGGGGGGCACGCUGUACCUGUGGAUCGACGCGAUCUGUAUUAACCAGGAAGACCAUGAUGAGAGAGCAAGCCAGGUCACGAUCAUGAGCGAUAUCUACAAGCAGGCACAGCAGGUCGUUAUCUUUCUCGGCGUGGCUGACGAUGCGUCAAUCCGGGCGAUGGACCUACUCCAGUUGACCCGGGGCUUCAUCCAGGCCAACGGCGACGUGCUCCCCCCUCUGAACAUCGAGGAGUUUGAGAAGAGGUCGCUCGGGGCAGGACUGAGCCCCGCGUACUGGGCGGCCGUCGCGCAGCUGCUCUGCAGGCCGUGGUUCACCAGGUGCUGGGCCGUCCAGGAGGCCGCGCUCGCCUCCGACGCGGUGGCCGUGUGCGGCCGCCACGCCGUGAGGUGGGACGAGCUCUGCCAGCUGUGCCGGUGGGUCGUGGACAACAACGGCCUCCUGUUCCAGGUGAUGGAGAAGCACCUCGCGGGGGCGAGCCGGAUGGCGUACCUCGAGGCCCCGUUCAGGAACCCGCCGAGCAUCGCGGUCGCCAGUGGGCUGCAGCGUGCUGAGAAGGACCCGUCCAUUUUGCAGCGGCUGCUUCUGCGUUUUCGCCACUUCCGGACCACUGAUCCUCGUGACAAGACAUUUGCUCUUCUAGGCUUGGCACUACCCACUGACAGAGUCGACCAAGACCUCCGGCCCAACUACAGGAUCGCGGUUGAGGACUUGGUUGGUCACCGCCGGUCUCUGCAUCUUCCGUCCUGGGUGCCGGACUGGACCUCUCUGACGGAAGGCAUGACUCUGGACGAGAUCGCAGCCGCUGGCAACUACCACGCAACAGAACACGGCACGAGACCCAUGGUGUCCUACGACUCACAAUUUCCGAAGGUUCUUACUAUCAAGGGGUGCAUCGUUGACACGAUAACAAAAUUGAGCUCCGAGCGCCUACCCCUCGGGCGAGACGGCCGCCUGCGCUACGUCCAAGACACGGCUGCCUGGAUGGAAGAAGUCAUCGGGAUGACAGAGCUCAACGAAACCCCUGAAGUCGAGCAGCCACAAGACUGCACACGCAUACAAUCUCACAAGACGUCCCUUUGGAAGACCCUGACCGCCAGCGGGCCGACUACGCCACCAGCCACCGGCCAGAAACGAGGCCAGCAGCAGCAGCAACAGCAGCGCGGGAGGGGCCCACCGACGGAGCGCGGCUUCGACAACUGGCUCGCAGAGCGCCGCGAGUGCGCCGCCAAGGGAUCGCUGGACGGACUGAGCCUCGGCAGGGCCGCGAGAGAGGAGGUCUCCGGGUUUGCGUACCACUGUGACCGUGCCACGCGGGGCCGGCGGGUGUUCGUGUCGGCCGCCGGGCACCUUGGGCUCGCACCUGCGGGCGCGGAGGUCGGUGAUGCCGUCUGUGUGUUUCCUGGGAUCCGUACGCCCUUUGCCGUCAGGAGGGCUGAGAUGGGGGAUCCUGCGGAGGGGGACUAUGUUCUCGUGGGGGAGGUGUAUCACUAUGGUGUUGUGUCAGGGGCAUUUGGGCCGCGUCUACCGAGCGCACCUAUACGGCUUGUCUAG